AUGUCGCAGAUGGAAAAUAAGCCUGCCGCCACUCGCCCGUCUUCACAGUUGACCAACUCGCCGAAGAAGAACAAAUGGGCGCACGUGAUCAAAUCGCGCCAUUUUGAUAUGGACAUUAUUUCCACCGACGAUUACUCAGAUUGCGAGAUGAAGCUGAUCUUCGACUACUUCGACAAGGACAAAGACGGCUUCCUCUCCUUCGCGGACGUCAAGAGAGCUUUCAAAGAGAUCCUGCCGCUCACUUCAGAAGAAGAACUCCAGAGCAUCUUCAAAGUCAUGUUGCCAAACAACGAGGAGGAGAGAAUUCAUUUCGAAGCUUUUGAAGUGUCAAUAAAAGAGUUUCUCGGGGAGUACCGGCUCUACGGACGGAGAAUGCGCCCGACGGAGGAAACGAGGGUUGCGGCAAAAAUCGACCCGGAGAAGACCCCGACGAACGAGAGAAACGCGCAAAUCAGAAAGCAACUGUAA